AUGGGUGAAGAGGUCAAUGGAGAGUUUGAGCUGAACGAAGUGGCGGAUAACAUCGAAGGGUCUGUUGGCAGCAGGCUGUCUUGGAUCAGUAGGGAGUAUGGACUUGGAAACAGGAAGUGGAGUAGCGGUACUAAGCUGAAGGUCUCAAGGGAUUGCUAUAGGAGCUUUGUGAUCAAUCCCAAUGGAAGGUCGUACAGGAUAUGGGUGGAUGUCGUCUUCGUCUGGUCCAUCUACUCCGCUUUCUUCACGCCACUGGAGUUCGGCUUCUUCCGAGGCUUGCCGGAGCUGUUAAAAGACCUCGACUGCGUGCAGGUCAUCUUCCUUGCUGAUGUAGUGUUUCAGUUCUUUGUGGCGUACAGGGACGCGCACACGUACAAGAUGGUCUGCGAUAGGAGACGCAUCGCCUUGCGAUGCAGCUAUCUGAAGGGUAGCUUCGCUGUUGAUCUUCUUGGAUGUGUUCCUUGGGACUCCAUCUACAAGGUAAAGUAUAAAGCGAAAGCAAUUCGGUUUCUCAUAUGGGUUCGCAUAUUUCGGGCAAGGAAGAUCAAUCAAUUCUUUAAAACGAUGGAGAAGGACAUCAGAAUCAACUACCUCUUCACAAGGAUCGUGAAGCUUAUAAUGGUCGAGCUAUACUGCACGCACACGGCCGCAUGUGUUUUCUAUUACCUAGCAACAACAGUGCCACCGGCACAAGAAGGAUAUACAUGGAUUGGAAGCCUGUCGAUGGGGGACUAUCAAUACACAAACUUCAGAGAGAUUGACUUCUGGAGACGAUACAUUACUUCGUUAUACUUCUCAAUCGUUACCUUGGCAACAGUUGGGUAUGGUGAUGUACAUGCUGUGAAUACUAGAGAGAUGGUUUUCAGCAUGAUAUAUAUUUCUCUGACAAUGAUACUUGGCGCCUAUCUGAUUGGUAAUAUGACUGCAUUGAUUGUCAAGGGGUCCAAGACUGAGCAAUUUCGAGACAAAAUGACAGACCUCAUCAAGUACAUGAACAGAAACAAACUUGGGAAAGACAUCAGAUCUCAGAUCAAAAACCAUUUAAGACUACAGUAUGAAAGUAGCUACAACAAAGAAAGUGUUCUCGAAGACGUCCCAAUGGCCUUGCGAUCAAAGAUAUCUCAAAUUCUAUACCUUGAUGUGAUCCAGAAAGUUCCACUUUUCCAAGGAUGUUCAGAUGAAUUCCUUAAUCAGAUUGUAAUGAUGCUGAAUGAAGAAUUCUUCCUCCCAGGAGAAGUGGUCAUAGAACAAGGAAGUCCUGCGGAUCAAGUCUAUAUUAUAUUAUUAGGAUAUCUGGAGGCAGUUGCUGUUCGAGAAGAUGGCUCAGAAGAAUCAAUUGCCAAACUUACAACCUAUGAUGCACUGGGUGAUGCUGCUGCACUGUGCAAUAUCCCACAACGAUAUACAGUGCGCGUUUGUGAGCUGUGUAGACUCCUGCGAAUAGAGAAGCAAUCCUUAGCAAACAUAUCACAGCUAUACUUCAAGGAUGGAAAUCAGAUGCUCGUCAAUUUACUGAAGGGGAAAGGAAGCGAACCGAGUAUCAAGCAGUUGGAGCAAGAUAUCAAAUAUCUCAUCUCAAAGCAAGAGGCUGAGCUAGCAUUGGGGGUCAACAGUGCAGCUUACCAUGGAGACAUUAACCGUCUAAAAGUCUUAAUCGAUGCUGGAGCAGAUCCAAACAAAACUGACUAUGAUGGGAGAACUGCACUUCAAAUGGCUGCAUGCAAAGGACAUGAACAAGUUGUGAAGUUUCUUAUACAACGAGGAAGCAAUGUCAAUUGCAUUGACAAGUUUGGGACUUCUCCACUAUUUGAAGCCCUGAAGACAGGAAAUGACAGGAUUGCUGCCAUUCUUGUGGAAAAUGGUGCAAUCUUGAAUCUGGAUGAUGCUGGGAAUUAUCUAUGCGAAGUUGUGACGAAUGGCAAUAUAGAUUUAUUGCGAUGUUUGCUGGAAUAUGGGGCCAACCCAAAUUCCAAAAACUAUGACCGGAGAACACCACUACAUGUUGCAGCUUCAGAAGGUUUGCAUCUGAUGGCCAAUAUCCUAAUCGAGUUUGGAGCAAAUGUUCUUUCUAAAGAUAGGUGGGGCAACACGCCUGUCGAUGAAGGACGUAGAUGUGGGAGCAAACCACUAAUUAAAAUUUUGGAGGAUGUUGUAGUAAAUCAUGCAGGGAAGUAAAAUAAUGGUUCACCACCUUCCUCAUUAGUAAUCAUCAAAUGCCAACAUGUAUCAUUCAACAUUUAUUCCAUGAUGAGUACUACCAGAUUGAUCCUAUUGGUGAUGUCACAUGAUCGAUUCUUACUGGUCCAAAUACAUAUUUAUGUGUUCGGCCACAAGUAUAAUCUAACUUUAAUUGAAACCUAUUUUCUAAUGCUCAGAUAGGAACAGAGAUUUUGGGAUAUUAGCAGCAAACUCAAACACUUAAUCAUUCUAUAUGUCAGAUUGGUGCAUGGCUAUUGUACAGGCAUCUCAAAUAGUGUUCCACAAAUGCACAAUUUCUACUAAUUAGAAUAUAUGUAAACUUAUAGUAGUUGACUAGUUGGCCAAUAAUUUUUUUUCUCAUGCUUUACCAUUACAGAAAGGUCAUUUUAUCGACUUUCCAGCUACUGUUUCUAACUAACAACUAUAGCUAAUGGUAAAGCUAAAAAACAUGAUUUUCAACCAAAGCAUUAGUCGAGCUCUUUUCUUUGUCAUGUUGCAUGUAGGCUUUUCACAUUAUUUUCACAUGUAAUCAUCCAAUAUUAUUAUCAUGAUGAUAAAUUUUAAGUUGGGUCAUGUCUAUAAAUUUUUAAAGCAA